UCCAUGCCAACAAGUUCAGUGCCGACAGGGAAAACACGUUAAGAGUGGAUCAGACUCAGGACAGAGAGUCUGGAGGUACACUCAGCACUGUAUCUGGCUGAACUCCUGUGAAUGACAGACGUGCAGCAGACAGACUCUGAUCUCUCCACAGUCCAGCACAGCUGUUUGGAAUGAUGGGUGAUGUUCAGUUUAUGAGCUCUCAUGUCUCAAAGACAACUGUGACUCUGGGCCGAGGUUCCCCCAGUAAUGAAGCCCCUGUUUUUACUCUACCGCCACGUAAUACCCGUGUCUGCCAGGGGAGCAGCGCACGCCUCGAAGGCAAGGUGCGUGGUCUUCCAGAGCCGCAGGUGUGCUGGUUUAGGAAUGGGAAGCUGUUGAUGGCUGGAGAUCACUACUCCAUGGAACAAAGUGCUCGAGGAACCUUCAGUUUGCUGGUCCGUGAGGUCCAGGAUGAAGAUGGAGGGCGUUACUCCUGUGAGGCGGUCAAUGAUGCUGGCAAAUGCCAGGUUACCGUGGAGAUCAUUGUGGAAGAAAAUACUGGAAAGAAAUACAGUCUACCCUCCUCCAGUAGGAUUGGUGGCUGUAUUGGGGUUCCUGCAAUAGAGAACAGACCCAGUAUCUGGGGUGAAAGCCCCCCAAAGUUUGUGACUAAACCUUCCCGCCUCUAUCUCAAAGUGGGGCAGAGUGGCAAAUUCUCAGCCAAGAUCACGGGACGACCCCAGCCACUGGUGCAGUGGUACAAGGGAGAAGAGAAGCUCCAGUCAUCAGAUCACUGUAAUGUGUUUGAACGCUCAGGAAUGCACUUCCUAGAGGUCUGUCACGUUUGCUCUGAGGAUGCUGGCGUGUACACCUGUCUGGUGACCAACAGUGCCGGCAAAGCCUCUGCCACCGCUGAACUCAUCGUUCAAGAUGCAGACAAUGAGAAAGCCAUUGUGACCAAACCAUCUCCAGAUCUCGUUGAAUCCUCUGUGGUCAAGCACAGCAGCAACGGCCUGGACACUGAACACAGAGCUUCUAGCACAUCCGUCCAAACAGUAAUCACAGAAACCCUCACAGCAAUGUCUAGUGCCACUACAGCCAGUGUUUCCCCAGAGACCAGAACAGAGGGACCAAAAACAACACCAUCCUCACAACCACAAGCCACAGAUGACAGAUCAACAGCUGGUCAACUAAAGACUAACUUUGUAAAUGUAAGGGGUCAGAACAUCAUAAAGAGAGAGUCAGAUGUGUUCAGAGCUCCAGGACAAACGUCUGAACUAUCCCGGGUGGAGUCCAGCAGAGACACCCGCCAGCAUGCUAGAGAGAGCAAGACUGAUGUCCUUGAUGUGUCGCCCAGUUUCGAUUUACAGCCCCAAAGCCAGGAGGUCAUGCAGGGUGCAAAGGUUAUGUUCCAGUGCCAAGUGACUGGGUCUCCAGUGCCGACAGUGAUGUGGAUGAAGGAUGGAGCUCCUGUCAGACAGAGAGCAGGUGUCAGUUCACGACAAGAGGACAGUGUUCACUCCCUGUGUCUAGAGAAUGCUCGCAUAACAGACACAGGACAGUAUAGCUGCACUGCCAUCAACAAGAGAGGAAAGACCACUGCCCAGUGGAGCCUUGCAGUCAAGAGUGUUCAGAUGGAGGGAAAACCUCCAGUGUUCAGCUGUGCUCUGAGAGAUUGUUCGGUGUGUGAGGGGGAGGACUUCAGACUGCAGUGUUCGGUAGAGGGCAGACCUCUGCCUGAGCUUUCCUGGCUGCUCAAUGAUAAGCUUAUUCCAUAUUCACACACAGUUUAUGAGAAUGGUCAGGCUCAGCUGAGAGUUCAGGCAGCUGUUAUGGAGGAUGCAGGCAUGUAUUCUUGUGUAGCAGUGAAUGAUCAUGGCCGAGCUGUGUGUUCAGCACGUGUGUUGAUUAAAGCUAAGCUCAGUGUGAAGAGGUCUUCUGCUGCUCCUGUGUCCGUUGUGAGAAGACCUUCAGCGCCAGUGUUCCUCAAGGGUCUGCAGGAUCUCAGGGUGAUGGAUGGCAGUCAGGUUAUCAUGACCGUGGAGGUGACAGGAGAUCCUUCUGAUGUGGUCUGGCUGCAUGACGGAAAAGAGAUCCAGGAGUCAGAGGACUUCCAUUUUGAGAGGAAGGGGAGUCAGUGUACUCUCUUCAUACAGGAAGUGUUUCCUGAGGACACAGGCACAUACACCUGUGACGUGUGGAAUGAGACUGGAAGAGCUCGAACUGAGGCCUCACUCACUGUACAAGAGCCUCAGGAUGGAGUUCAGCCCUGGUUUAUCACUAAACCAAAGUCCUGUUCUGCCUGUCUGGGUCAACCCGCUCUACUCUCCUGUGCCAUUGCUGGUGAUCCAUUCCCAGAGUUCCUCUGGAUGAAAGAUGGGCAGGUAAUAUGUGGAGGUAGAGAUUUUGAGAUCCUGCAGAAGGAAGAUGUGGUGUCACUGCUCAUCAGGAAAGUGAAGACGUAUCAUGCUGGAAACUACGAGAUUCAUCUCAAGAAUAAAGUAGGAGAGUGCAGAUCAGUGGCCCCACUGCACAUCAGCGAGGACCCCAUCCCAUCUGCUGAUGAAUCUCAUAAAUGCAGCCUAGGGGUGGAGAGCACUGCACCAGGCAGGGGAGGACAGCGCAAGACUCCCAGCCUCGCUGAAUCGCACUCUGUGCCACCGUGGGAACGCGACAGUCGGGAUUGGGAAGAAGAGGAGGCGCACGCCACCCUAGGUCUUCUCAAAAGGCGCAUAGAGACCAAAGAGCAUCAGGAAGACCAGAUCCGACAGCAGGAGGCUGAACAGAUCGACUUCAGAACUGUGCUCGGCCGCAAGGUUACCACGAAGAGCGUCUCGGAGGAAGACCUGAAGGAGAUCACGGCUGAGCAGAUGGACUUCAGGGGGAACCUCCAACGGCAGAUCAAGCCCAAGACCCAGACUGAGGAGGAACGCAAGGUCAACUCUCCUCAACAGGUAGACUUUAGAGCAGUGCUGGGAAAGAAGGGAAGCCCUGGUCCAAAACCUGGUCCUGGAUCCUUUGUGAAAACGCAACCCAACAAGAAUGAAGCUGUUGACUUCAGAUCUGUGUUGGGCAACAAGAAAAAACAACCGUGCCAAGACAGGAAUGGAGAAAGUUCAGCUCUUAAAGACAGUGAAGGAAAGGAGAAUGAUGUGAAUUGUGUAUAUGGAAGGAUGAAAGAGAAAUCGAGAGCAGGUGGAAGGAAAGAGCCGGUGUUCACUCAGAAACUGAGGGAUGUGACUGUGCUGGAUGGGGAACCUUUGCAUCUACUGUGCCAACUUUCAUCUGAAUCUCCUGCCAAAGUGACAUGGACCCUUGAUGGGAAACUAAUCAAACCAUCCAAAUUCAUCAUUAUUGCCAAUGAGGGUGGUCAAUGCUCUUUAAGUAUUAAUAAAGCUCUUCCUGAGGAUGAAGGACAGUAUGUGUGCAGAGCAGAGACCAGCGAGGGCAGCGCAGAAUGUUCUUGUAUGGUCCUGGUGGAUGAUCCCACUGUAUCCACAGCAGCUGAUAAGCGGAGCAGGAAGCCCUCUACCCCGACCACAGAGAAUGAGGCCAAAAUAAAGAAACCUCUUCCCAAAACACUGCCUAAACAAGGUGCUCCUCCUCAGAUCCAGCAGUUUCCAGAUGAUAUGAAGAUCAUGGCAGGUGAGAAGGUCAGUCUGCAGUGCAAGUUCACUGGAGCGCCGCCCAUAAGCUGCACCUGGCUCAAGUUCCGCAAACCAAUUCAGGAGGGUCAGAGUGGCAUCUCUAUAGUGAGCACAGACAGCAGCAGUGAGCUGAUCAUCACAGAAGGACAACAGGAGCACUGCGGCUGCUACACCAUUGAGAUCAAGAACUUCUACGGCAUGAGACAGGCUGCUCUCAACCUUACUAUAGUCGAUAAGCCCGACCCUCCUGCCCGAGUCCCAGCAACCUCUGACAUCCAUAAGUCCAGCCUUACACUGUCCUGGUAUGGGCCGACUUAUGACGGUGGCAGCGCGGUCCAGUCCUAUAAUCUGGAAAUGUGGAGCUCUGUGGAUCAACAGUGGACUGAUCUGGCGUCCUGUAACAGCACUUCAUAUAAUGUGCAGAACCUUCUGCCAGACAGACAGUACAAGUUUCGUGUGAGAGCUGUAAAUAUUUACGGUGUAGGAGAGCCCAGUGCUGAGUCUGAGCCCGUACAGGUGGGGCUGAAGAAUGAAGAGGAAAAUAAGGAAGAUGAGCCCUCAGAUGACGAAUCAGAGAAGGAACCAGACUACAGAAGUGUGAUGAUCAGGUCAGAUGUGAAGGUCAAGGACCUGUAUGAUGUGGAAGACCGAUUGGGCACAGGGAAAUUUGGGACUGUUUUUAAACUCAUCGAGAAGUCCACGAAAAAGGUCUGGGCUGGGAAAUUCAUAAAAGCGUAUUCUGCCAAAGAGAGAGAAAAUGUCAGACAAGAAAUCGCAAUCAUGAAUGAUCUUCAUCACCAGAAGCUUGUGCAGUGCGUUGAUGCUUUUGAGGGAAAAACUGACAUUGUUAUGGUGCUGGAAAUGAUCUCAGGAGGAGAACUCUUUGACCGGAUCAUCGAUGAAGAUUUUGAGCUGACAGAGAGAGAGGUGAUCAAGUACAUGCUGCAGAUCGUGGAUGGAGUUAAUUUCAUUCAUAAGAAAGGCAUCGUCCAUCUGGACCUCAAACCUGAGAACAUCAUGUGUGUCAAUAAAACCGGCAGCAAAAUCAAGCUCAUCGACUUUGGUCUGGCACGCAGACUGGAGAGUGUAGGAUCUUUGAAAGUGUUGUUCGGCACACCAGAGUUUGUGGCUCCAGAGGUGAUUAAUUAUGAAGCCAUCAGUUACGCUACAGACAUGUGGAGUAUAGGAGUCAUCUGCUACAUACUUGUCAGUGGUUUGUCUCCAUUUAUGGGUGAUAAUGACAAUGAGACACUGUCUAACGUCACAUCAGCGACGUGGGACUUUGAAGACGAAGCGUUUGAUGAGAUCUCAGACGAGGCCAAAGACUUUAUUAGUAACCUGCUGAAGAAAGACAUGAAGGCACGACUGACCUGUGAUCAGUGUUAUCAACACCCCUGGCUCAAACAGGAUACUACAAACAUGGAGGCCAAGAAGCUUUCUAAAGAGAGGAUGAAGAAGUAUAUACUAAGAAGAAAAUGGCAGAAAACAGGCCAUGCUGUAAGAGCUAUUGGGCGACUCUCUAACAUGGCAUUGAUGGCGGGCGUUCAUGCCAAAAAGGGCUCACCCACUGAAGAGGAUAUACCAUUUUCUGCUGAAGCGAAGAUUUUAAUGAAACCCACGUUCACCUCCGUUAUUAAAGACGUUGAGGUGGUGGAGGGCAGCGCUGCUCGAUUCGACUGCAAAAUUGAAGGUUAUCCUGACCCAGAGGUCGUGUGGUACAAGGACGAACAGCCGAUUAAAGAGACCCGUCAUUUUCAGAUCGACUAUGAUGAGGAUGGAAAUUGCAGUCUGGUCAUUUCUGAGGUCAGUGGCGACGAUGAUGCAAAGUACACCUGCAAAGCCAUGAACAGUGUCGGGGAGACCACCUGCACUGCCGAACUCAUCGUCGAGGUGAUGGGAGAAGAAGAGGAGGAGGAAUAAGACUAUCUCUUCAUAUGUCUCUCUCUUUCACCUGGUGCUUUUAUUCUCACUCUCUUUUUGGACUUGUGAAUGAUGACAAUGAUGAUGAGGAUGAUGGAGACCUCGUAUCACCUUUUGCUACAUUUAUUUUAAUGCACUUCCAAUGUGUUCUUUUUGUAUUAAUGCAACAGCCAGAAGGCAUACAAGUCUGAUAUUAUAUCUGUUUAUCACUUUACUGUUACUCACUUUCUAUUGGUUCACAAAAGAGUCUAAUUUUUACUCUACAACAAGGUUUAAACUCACAUGUGUUUGUGUGACUGAGACUGAAAUAAGCAGCACCUUCUGUCUGUAUUUAAGCACUGUAAACUCAUGUGUGGUUGUGUGUUUUCGUUUGGAGAUAUUUCCUCUUGUUCACCAUCUUUCAUUAUAGCACUUCACAGAUAUUUGGAGACCUAUGUUAAUUUUUUUGUUUGUUUUUUUUUGUUUUGUUUUUUAUCAGGAGUGUCUGUAGAUGACAUUUCUUUAACGUCUUUAACUUUUUUUUUUUUUUUUUUAGUAUGUACCAGGGUGAUUCUCACGAAACAGUUAAGGACAUGUCCUGGUCACAUUUAACCCCAAAUCGAUACAAAAAAAUAUAAAAUUAUAUUUUGUAUAAAGAAAAUGAAGGCUACAUUGGGGACCAUUAAGAUUUUUUGCAUUGUGAUAUUAUUUUCAGUACACUUAAGCAACCCACCCCCAGUUCUCAUUACCGUAAUGCAUCCAGAUGUUUUACUAUUCCCAUUUUUUUUAUUGAUGAUUCUCAUUACCGUAACAGAUGUUUUUAUAUUAAAUUAAAAAAGAUUGUGUUGUACAGCGACUUUAAUUAAAAUAGGCAAAUUAAUUGCAGUAAUAAUUUGCAUGCAGCAAUUUUAAUAAUAUAGAAUUUUACAUUGUGGUAAUGAUAAUAAAGUGACAAUUUUAACUGUUACAGUAAUGACAAUUGGGAGAGGAAUGUGUCAAAAAUAAUGUUGCAAUGUAAAAGCCCUAAAGAGGCUUGCUUUUCUAUAUGUCAAAUUUAAUUGAUUCGAUUCUUUUGAUAUUGGAGCGAAAUUGCAUCUGGACAUUUUUUGGCAGGUUUCUUGAGAAUCACCCACCAGUUUGAUAAAGUGCAGAUUGCAUGGUAAUGCGAAUACUACAAAUGUAGUUUUUCACUUUUAAAGAAUAAAUUUUUAACACAAACGAA